AUGGAUAGGCUAAUCACAGUGAAGCGGGCCGAGCAUGAAGAGGUGCCUGCCCACCAUGUAAUAUCGGAGGACAGCAAGGCGCGGACCUUUCAAAAUCCGUGGGACAGCUGGCAUAAGCCGACAAUAGCGGAGCUCGUCCAGGGUCUAGAGUGGGGCGAACGUGACGGCAACCGCAUGUUUCCCAGUAUUUUGGGCUCCCUCAAGGAUAUGUUUAUCGCGCCCAUGGAAGGAAAGCUACCUCGUCCGAGCUACCUCUCGCGAGUCAAUGUCCCGCUUCAUGUUCAGAAGCCCGAUUUUUCGUUUGCGGAGGAGCGCGUCAAAGCUACAUGGCUCGGACAUGCGGGGUCACUGGUACAGCUCCCCCCGCUCACGCCCGGCGACCGUCCCUUUACUGUGCUCUUUGACCCGAUUUUCUCAGCGCGUUGCUCGCCGUCUCAAUGGAUCGGUCCUAUUCGUUCGUUCCGGCCACCAUGCAAGGUCAAAGAGCUUCCACCCAUAGACUUGGUGGUGAUUUCGCAUAACCACUUUGACCACUUGGAUUUUCAUACAAUUGAGUCGCUCUGGAAGCAUUUUCCUGAUACUGUUCACUUCUUUGCACCGCUUGGCAAUAAGGACUGGUUUAUCCAGCCGCAUCUUGGGAUUUCGGCGGAGCGUGUCUACGACAUGGAUUGGUGGGACGAGGCGCACAUCCACGCCCCAUCGACAGGCACAGAGGUCGGCGCUGGUAUCCGACUUGUAUGCACGCCUGCGCAGCACUGCUCAGGUCGAAGCAUUGGUGAUGCGUGUCGUACGCUCUGGGCGAGCUGGUUCUUGGAACAUACACUGCCGGACAACGAUGUGUUUCGUAUCUACUUUGGCGGCGAUACAGGCUACCAAUUCCAUACGACCGCCGGUUCCGACGAUGAUACGUACCCAGCAUGCCCGGCGUUUGAGCAGAUUACUGACAAGCUUGGCGCACCGGAUUUAUCGCUGCUCCCUGUGUCGGUCGGCGCGACGUACGCGUACUUGAAGAGUUUCGAUAUUCUCCCGGAUGGCCUGAGUCCGGUGCCGCGUAUGAAUGAUGGCCUCACAGGUGCGAACCAUAUGAGCGCAUCAGAUGCUGUAAAGGUCUUUACUAUCAUGCAGCGCUCUUCUUCCAAGCGCGUGCCAGUUGCUAUGGGGAUUCAUUGGGGCACCUUUGUGGAAGGGAUGGGCGAAGUGGUCGAUACAAUGACCACCUUGGAAAAAGCGUGCCAAGCACACCAGGUGGACUAUGCUCGCGCCCUGCAUACCAAGCCCCUGCAUCCCACCUUUGCCUUGGUCCACCACGGCCAAAGUAUUUCCCUGCCCCGCUAA